AUGAGCUGGAGAGCUGUCAAAGCUCGCCUGAAGGAUCGUUUGCAGCUGGUUUCUGGGGUCGGGUUCUGUACUUCAGAAGGUUUCCGGUGCCAAAUGCAUGACCUUUCGGAUUAUCGCAACGUCAAAUCGUCGUUUCAAAAGUCUGAGGAAAUUCUCAGAUGCCAGGGGCAUUUGUCACCAAGUUAUACCGUCGGUUGGAGCAUCGGAAACAUUUGCUUGGAUAUGACCGGUGGAUUGUUGAGCAUUUUACAAAUGUUCAUCAUUGCCUACAACUUUGGUAAUGUUUUCGGUUCUCCAACGAAAGUUGGCCUCGGUCUAUUCUCGGUCGUGUUCGAUGUGUUCUUCAUGGUCCAGCACUGGUGUCUGUUUCCAAAUGCGGACCAUCUGAUUGAGUCAGUUGAAUCGCAUCACAGCUCGACACAAUCCAUCGCACCCAUGGAAACUGAUGAUUCUUGGAACCAACACACCGGGGCUUACUAUCGACGUGCGUCUGAUGAGGCCAGUUUGGUCAAGCCGAAAGAAUCGAACAAAAAUUUGUCAGCUUCCACCUAA